AUGGGAGGAAACUACACCCAGCCCAGAUUCAUCCUCCUGGGAAUUACAGACACUCCCUGGGUGCAGGCCCCUCUUUUUGUGCUAUUUCUGUUGAUUUACAUCGUCACUUUGGUGGGGAACAUCGGGCUGAUGGUCUUGGUUCGGGUGGCUCCCAGCCUUCACACCCCCAUGUACUUCUUCCUCACCCACUUUUCCCUGGCUGACGUCUGCUAUUCCACCAUCAUCUCCCCCAAAAUGCUCACAGACCUGUUAUUUGGGGAUAAAACCAUUUCCUGGGCGGGCUGUGUGACACAAUUCCACCUCUUUGCUCUCUUUGUCACGGCCGAGUGUCACCUGCUGGCUGCCAUGGCCUACGACCGGCACGUGGCCAUCUGCCACCCCCUGAGCUAUGUCCUGGUGGUGUCCCCCCGGGCCUGCUGGCAGCUGGUGGCCUGGUGCUACCUCGUGGCCUCCCUCAGCGCCCUCCUCUUCACCGGCUGCACGUUUGGGGGCUCCUUCUGUGGGCCCAACCACGUCGAUCACUUCUUCUGUGACAUCAGCCCGGUGCUGAGGCUGGCGUGCUCCGACACCCGCGGCUGCGAGGCCGCCAUCUUCGCCUUGGCCGCGGCCAACGGGCUGGGCACCAGCGUGGUCAUCCUGCUCUCCUACGGCCGCAUCCUGCACGCCAUCCUGGGCACGAGCUCGGCACCCAGCAGGGCCAGAGCCUUCCGCACCUGCGCCUCCCACCUGGCCUCCGUGGCCGUGUUCUAUGGCUCCCUGUUCUUCAUGUACCUGCAGCCGGCGUCGCGGCAUGGCAGCCGGGACAAGGUGGCCUCUGUCUUGUACACCGUGGUCAGCCCCAUGCUCAACCCUUUCAUCUACAGCCUGAGGAACAGGGAGGUGAAGGCAGCGCUGGGGAGGGGCAGGAGGAGGGUGUUAAACCUCUGCUGGCAGCAGAGAGGUGCGGCUCGUGGCAUCAGGGAGUCCUGGAAUGGUUUGGGUUGA